AUGUCCCUGCUGGAAGGUGUGCUGUUCCAGCGCCCAUGCGCGGGGCUGGGACCCCCUGUCUGUGAGUUUGGAGGACCUGGCCUGGGCGACCUGCUGACUCUGGCUGAAGACCAUGCUUCCUCUGAGGUGCAGCCGGCUUCGCCUCGAGCUGGCCUUCGGGCAGCGCUGGAGGCUGCUUCUAACCGCCAUCCCUUCUGGCCGUGUCUGCCCCUCUCUGCACCCACACCCCUGGCACUGCCCGUCCCUCUGCCCCCGCACACCUGGCACUACCCGGGAGAUUGGACACUCCUGGUGGAGCCUCCCACGUCCCCGUGUGCCGACGGGAGGCAGCUGCAGGGCCGGGUGCCCCUGACCGUGCCGCCUCUCCCGCUCCCACAGGCCUGUGGCUGCCCGCUCUACUGGAAGGGGCCGCUCUUCUGCGGUGCGGGGGGAGAGCGCACCGGCUCCGUCUCUGUCCACAAGUUCGUCGCCAUGUGGAGAAAGGUCCUGCAGAACUGUCAUGACGAUGCUGCCAAGUUCGUCCAUCUGCUCAUGAAUCCCGGGUGCAACUACCUGGUGCAGGAGGACUUCAUCCCCUUCCUGCAGGACGUGGUGAACACCCACCCCGGCCUGGCCUUCCUGAAGGAGGCGUCCGAGUUCCAUUCCCGCUACAUCACCACCGUCAUUCAGAGGAUCUUCUACACCGUGAACAGGUCCUGGUCCGGGAGGAUCACCUGUGCAGAACUCAGGAGGAGCAGCUUCCUGCAGAAUGUGGCGCUGCUGGAAGAGGAAGCGGACAUCAACCAGCUGACGGAGUUCUUCUCGUACGAGCACUUCUACGUCAUCUACUGCAAGUUCUGGGAGCUGGACACCGACCACGACCUGCUCAUCGACGCGCAGGACCUGGCCCGGCACAAUGACCACGCCAUUUCCAGCAGGAUGAUCGACAGGAUCUUCUCCGGAGCCGUCACGCGAGGGAAGAAGGUGCAGAAAGGCGGCAAGAUAAGCUAUGCGGACUUUGUCUGGUUUCUGAUCUCAGAGGAGGACAAGAAGACCCCCACCAGCAUCGAGUACUGGUUCCGCUGCAUGGACCUGGACGGGGAUGGGGCGCUGUCCAUGUUCGAGCUGGAGUACUUCUACGAGGAGCAGUGCCGCAGGCUGGACAGCAUGGCCAUCGAGGCCCUGCCCUUCGAGGACUGCCUCUGCCAGAUGCUGGACCUGGUGAAGCCCCAGAGCGAAGGGAAGAUCACGCUGAGCGACCUGAAGCGCUGCAAGCUCGCCGGCGUCUUCUUCGACACCUUCUUCAACAUCGAGAAGUACCUGGACCACGAGCAGAGAGAGCAAGCCUCGCUGCUCAGGGAGAGCGACAGCGAGGGCCCCGAGCUGUCCGACUGGGAGCGCUACGCGGCCGAGGAGUACGACCUGCUGGUGGCCGAGGAGGCGGUGGGCGAGCCGUGGGAGGACGGGUACGAGGCCGAGCUCAGCCCUGUGGACCAGAAGCUGAGUGCGCUGCGGUCUCCGCUGGCCCAGAGGCCCUUCUUCGAGACGCCGUCCGGCCUGGGCACCGUCGACCUGUACGAGUGCGGGGAUGACGACCUGCAGCCCUCGUGACCCGCCCGUGGGACGUCCGUGCGGCCCGCUGGAGGCAGCGGCUUCUGCGUCGAAAGCAGACUGUUUGGUGGCUGAGCUGUGUCUUUUACAGAAAGUGAAGUGCGUUUGACAGAAUGAUAGUUGUUAUUUAUUCACGCGGAAGCUGGUCGGAGGCGGGCACGGAGGCGCGUGUCCCACCCGUCCGGGAGGGGCCAACGCGCACACAGGAACCCGGGCCUGGCCUGGGGGCCACCCACGUCCAGGGCGUCCCUGAAGAUGAGGACGGCCGCGGCCCCGCUGGCCGGCUCUUGCGUCCCGGUGUGUGGAGGCGCCCCCUUGUCCCUGCUGACAGCCAGCCCCGGAGGGGACCGGGCUGCUGUCCCUCGGGCUGGUCAGCGGGCAGGGGCCUGCAGGUGGGCGGUGGUUGUCAGGAACAUUCCAGGAGCCCCAGAAGCUUCCGUCCUGCACGAGCGUCCCCGGGAGGGCACGCCACCGCCACUGGGAGCACCCACGCCAGCUUCUGUGAACGUUGUUGUGUAAAUGUACAAGACAUGUAAAGUUACCUUUUAUUUGCCGUGCAGAGCUGUUUAAAAAUGUUUUAUGAGAUCACGUUUGUAUUUUCAAAUAAAGA